AACCAUUCCAGCCAGCCUUGUGGUUCCUGACAACCAGUGCUACCCUCACUACUAACACCCUGUCCAGCCCUGAACCCCAUCCCCUCUGCCAGCACUCCCCUCUCAGGGGCAACGGGGGUAACAGAGGAGGGGGGGCAAGUGUCCAUGUCUCCCACAGCCCCACCCGACCCCCAGGAACCCCCGAACAGGACUACAUGUACCCCAAAGGGACCAAGGGGCGAGGGGGUGGCGGUGAGGUGGGGGAUCCCCCUGGGGUAGGGGGACCAGACGAGGUGUUUGGUAAUGGUAGGUGGCCCUCCACCUGUCAUAAGGAGUUAUUAGAGGGUGGGGGGGGACUACGGGGUCCCUCUGUGGGGGGUCCCAUCCCCACGGUGGGGUACGCCUCGUCUCUGGAGCUGCAGCUGUCACGGAACCUCAGUGAUGACAUGAAGGAGGUGGCCUUCUCUGUUAGGAACUACCGCUCAGGCCCAGGCACCUCAGACCUCCUGGAACAACACAGACAGCUCCGAGACACGGCGUGUCAGACCAACGGUUUCACUACUCGGGGAACCCAAACCACCCAGACAAUCAGUGUGGGCUUACAAACUGACAUCCUCCGCACCCUCACCAGCUCCCCCCACCGCUGCCUCACCCCUAUAGGAGGAGGCUCAACCCCCAUCUCCUCCCCCUCCAGAAACAUCCGCAAGAUACAGUACUCUCCUGUGGUCCAGUCCAAGUUCGAGCGGACAUGUUGUUCUCCUAAGUACGGUUCCCCUAAGCUCCAGAGGAAGCUGUCGACAUCAUCGAAGGCUGACCUCCCUGUAGGGGCCUCCUCCAGCUCCACGGCCGGCCCCAGGGCCCCGACUCCCACCACUCCCCAGAAGGGAGCCUCUGAGUCGGCCUGGGCUCGCUCCACCACCACCAGGGAUUCUCCGGUCCACACCACCAUCAACGACGGCCUGUCCAGCCUCUUCAACAUCAUAGACCACACCCCCGUAGCCUACGAACCCCUGCAGUCCAAAUUCACCAAGUCCCCAAGCCGCACCCGCACCGCUCCCCCUGACCUCUCACCUCCCGCGGGGCCAGGGUUACACAACCUACCACCCUCAGACCCCAAAGACCCCAGGUCCCUUGGUGCAGCCCAGGAGUUCCUGAGGAAUGUCCGCGGGCGCUCUCCCAGCCCGGUGCAGCUGAUACUAGAGACCCCGGGAGGGCCGGGGGGAACAGGGGGGGAGAGGACACCAGAGGUGSUCAGUAUACGCCAGGACCUGUCUGCCCCGCCUGGAUACACCCUGGCAGAGAACGCAGCCCGUCUGCUGAACAAGAAGCUGUUGGAGCAGAGCUUCAGGGAGGAGAAGAGCCACUCCGCUAUCUGGUAA